AUGGCUGAGACUUAUGACAAUGAACAACAAAGAAUUGUCGACCGAAUAAAACAAUGGAUCGCAGAUAGAAUCCAUCGUUCGACUCGGUUUGUUACUGAAUGGUGGGAGAAAGAAUACGACGAAUGCUUUGCUGAUUAUUCUGAAUGUGGUCGUAAGCUGAAAUUAUCGCAGGACAGUCAAAAUAUCAUCUUCAAUGCGAGUGGCAAGCAGAAAAAAAGUUCUUCCGUUGUGGCAAGGGAAAUUGCAGCGAGACAAAAAGAGUAUGUUACGCGAAGCACGAUUGAUAACUACCGACACCGGAUGGGACUGAAGCCUUUUCAUGUUAUUCGGAAACCAUUGAAAUCAGAAACUCAUAUUUCCGAUCGUCUGUGGCUAUGUGACUGGUUAAAGAACUGGACGCAGGAAGACUUCUUACACCUCGCACCAGCUGAUGAAUCUUGA